CAUUAGACAAUUAGACAUUGAUUUAACUUAGCGUAUUUCAGUGAAAUAUAAACGACUGUUACAUAAAAUUACAUUAAUUUGAAAACAAAAUAUAAGGUAAAUAGUUUGUCAGCCUGUGAGGUAAGUAUCCUCUGUAUUUCAGUGAAUUUAAAAAGUGAAGUUGAAAGUGCAUGAUGUCCAGGACUGAGAAUGGGAAUGUGGCCGAUCGGGUCGCCACCAAGGGGGUUAAGGAGAGGAUUGUGGAUAUUUACGUCAGUGCGGAAAGUCUGUUUGUUUAUGAUAAACCUUGGAUAGAAGGAGAAAGUAAAGGGGAAGCUGUGGAGAACGAAUACUCAGAGGUGGCCAAGGUUUCAGGGCAGAAGAAGGCCUACAGGAUCCGAGCCGUGCUCCCUUGGCUCCUCGUGGUUCUCCUCCUUGUGGUCGUCACAGGCCUCGGAAUCGCCCUAAAGGAAGAGAAGAUCCAGAGGAAUUUUGAAAGAAAGGAGCCCAUGGCCAAUCAUUUAAACAAAACCAGCCCACUAACGGAGGAGUCUGACCAGGUCCAGGAGAAACUAUGUGCCCGGAUGAAGAAGCCUUGUGCUUUGAUGAAAGACAGAGACCUCGGAGACGUUUCACCUGCAGCUCCAAACAAAACUGGACCUGUAAGAAAAUAAUAGAAUGAGCUCACCAUGGCAGGAUACAGCCAACCAGCACACAGACACACUGGUGUGGAAAAUUUUAUAAUUUUAAUAACAUCACAGAUACAUUUGCUCAUCUUCUUUACUGUAUCACUGAUUCACUUAGAAAGCCCUUUGUGUAUAUAUUUAAGUUACGUAAUUUGCCGUCUACUUAAUACUUUGAAAAUGUGCACAUUCCACGGUCCUAUUUUGCACAUUCUUGCACAGCAAAAAAAAACAACAGACUGUUCUAAAUCUCUUUUAUAUUCCUCAGAUAUUUGCCAUAAUGUUUUCUUAAUGUAAAUGUUUCUAUUUUUAUAUUUAUGUUUUCUGCUUUCAGUUCUUGUGCCUUAUUUUCUUACUGUAUCCUAUCUUUGUUUGUUAUUGUUUGCACCAAAUACCAAGAAAAAAAUCCAUGUAAUAAAGCACAUU